AUGAAAAAUAAUCGCCACUUUAAUAACAAUAUCGCAAAUGCUGGUGACAUAGCACUAAACCCCGGUCCUUUUAAAUGUGGAAUUUGCUUACGCACAGUAGCAAAAAACCAUAGGGCCCUGUGCUGCGACCAGUGUGAUAAAUGGAUACAUAUAAAGUGUGCUGGUAUCGCACCGGCCAGAUAUACUGAACUGGGAAACUCGGAGGAGUCCUGGUUCUGCCAACCUUGUGAUAGCAUUAAUAAUAUCCAUAACAUUUUCAAUUUCUCAAACUCUUUGUUCGAAGAUCUACAAUCACCAACAUCAGUAAACUCAGUGUCAAUAAAUAGAAACAUAUCAGCGACUGAUUGUGAUAACCAUGUAAAUAUUAAUGACAGUUUCUGUCCGGAGCCAGAUCCAGAGGAGGACUGGCUUAUUAACAACAGUAAUAUUUCAACACACACUGAACUAUCAACAGACCAGGAAGAUUGUGACUCUAGAUACGACAUAUUUGACGAACUCCGCAAUAUGCGACAAGAAAAUAGAAAAAGACCAAUCAUAAGUUAUUUAAAUAUAAACAGUAUACGUUAUAAAUUUGAUGACCUUCAACAAAUACUUCAUGAUAAACUAUGUGACAUGCUUAUAAUUUCAGAAACCAAACUAGAUAUAUCGUUCAACAACAAUCUAUUCACGGUAGACGGAUACAAGAUGGAAAGAAGAGAUCGAAAUUCCCAUGGUGGAGGGAUUAUGACUUUUGUUCGAGCCGAUCUCCCCUUUAAACGUAGAAAGGACUUAGAAUCAGAUUCUCUUGAAGGUAUGAUCAUAUUCUAGAAGUGCCUACAGUUCGAACCACCAGGUAUGGACAGAACUCCUUCCGUUUUGAGGCUGCCCGGGUGUGGAACAGCCUCCCCAGUGACAUCAGAAGAGUAGAAAACUUCAAAGAAUUUGGGAGGCUGGUUGGCACCUGGACAGGCCCAAAAUGUAAGUGUUCAAUGUGCCGCUUGUAGCCUUUUGUUAAACACAUGUGUGUCUAACAUGUGUUUGUAUGUGAUUAACAUGUUUUUAUAUGUGCUUUUAUGUAUAGUCUUUAGAUGUUGCAAAUAUUAUACCAAUAAAUGUUUAAUGUUACUUUUUAUUUGCAUUAUGUGAUAGUCCUUGUAAUUUCAUUGUUUUGUUUUAUGCUUUUUAUUUUACUUAUGCAUGGCUUCUUUUUAUAUAUAUAUCUAUUAUAUUUCUUUUACAGGUAUGUACAUAGGUGUAUAUGUAUAUCUUAUUUUUGUACUCUUUUUCUUGUAACUUUUGUAGUUUUUAACUUAUCUUAAAUUUUUAUUUUCUUAAUUUCAUAUUCUUAGAUGUGCUUAUGCUUAUUUUUUAUACAUGUCUGUCUUUAACUAAUAUAUAACUCUUUUACAGGAAUGUACAUUAUUUAUAUUAUCAGUUAUUUGUUUUAUCUUGCUUGUAAUUAUUGUAACUUUUAAGCAUGCAUGGUGCUAUAAUAACUUAAAUCCAUGUAUUUAGAUGUGCUUAUGCUUAUAAUUUUUAGUUGCUUUAAUAUCUUACUUCCAUGUACUUAAUUGUGCUUAUGCUUAUAUUUUCUUUUAGCUGCUUUACUUUUGUUUAGUACAUAUACUAUUGUUUGUCGGAAAAUAGCUCAUGAGC